AGGCGACGGAGCGCGCGCACGCGACCAGUGCCGAGGUACCCUCCGGCGCAAGAGCCGCGCUUCGCCAGCCCGUCUACUUUGCCUCGAUAAAUAUUAUACAACUGAUACCAUUACCGGCGAUUGUUUUGUAAACUGAACUGUUGUGACAAGGAUUGCUUUUACUUUGACUUGUGCGGUUGAACAGAAGCAAAGUAGGUGCUGUUUAUAAGAAGAUUACAACUUCGCGCCUGUAAGCUGACGAUGGCGAUGAAAGAAUGGCUACAAAGGCUGCCCCCGCCGCGCUCGCUGCUCGCGCUGCUGCUGGCCACGGCCGGCUUCAGCGGGCGGCUGUUCGCCUCGCAUGUGACCAAUUCGCCCACGCUCGUCGUCGACACCUGCCACGCGCUGUGCCGCCUGGUGGGGCUCAUCACCACGCUCAUCGCCUAUAAGUUCUCGCGCGCCGACGAGAACGCCGGGCGCGAGGGCAAGCUCCGCAACACGUUCGGCUGGGCGCGCAUCGAGGUGGUGGGCCGGCUGUCCGUGCACGUGCUGUUCGCAUCCUUCGCCUUCGCACUCGUCGUCAACGCGCUGCAGCUCGGCGUGCACUCCUCGCACGUGCAGCCGCCGAGGUUUCCGCGCGUCAUUGUCGCCACAGCUGUUAUAGGACUGCUGCUGCAUGCGUUGAACUACAUGCUACUUGCCGGUCGCGAGUUGAGCUACAGCCGGCGCCUGAGCGUGACGGAGAGCGGCGGCGUGGUGCUGAAGCAGGGCGUCGGCGAGCCGGUCCUCGCGCAUGCGCCCACUGACAUCGCCAGCAGUUUGUUCGUGAUGGGCGCCGGUCUCACGUUGGAGUGGGAGGGACAUGCGGCCGGCAUCGUUGAUCCCGCACUCUCUGCUAUCGCCGCCAUUGUGCUUGUUUGCUUCAACUAUCCUUUCAUGCGUUCAGCGGGCAUGAUCCUAUUACAAACCGUGCCAGAGGGGCUGGGCACGUGCGAGCUGAAAGCGGCGGCGCUGCGCGUACCUGGUGUGCUGGCCAUCCACGAGCUGCACGUGUGGCAGCUGCACCGCGACCACGUCGUGGCCACCGCGCACGUCGCCUACUCCUCGACACAGGAGUAUUUGAAGACGUCAGCGCUCGUGUGCGAUGUGUUCAAGCGCCACGGCAUCGGUCUAGUCACGCUACAGCCAGAGUUCAUGCUGACCCAACUCGUCGGCACAGAGGAGGAGCAGAAAGCACUAAUACAAUUGGCAAAUGAAGCGUGCGCCAACCCCUGCGCGAAGGAAUGCAUCGGCCCGCGCUGUUGCGAACCGCCUCCCAAACCUAAAGUGGCGCGGGUGUGAGCAGCCCAUUGCAGCUGAAUGUUUCUUGCCAUAAGGUUCACACCAAAGAUCAAGCAUCAGUGUCAGACGUAACAUUAGCUUAUCGACGAACGAAAACAUCGCAUGAUGAAAACAAGCCGUAUCCGAACAAGGCCUAUAAUUUCCCUUUUGAGUUGAAAGGUCGGAACGCAACAGUCGUUUUCGUAAGUACCUGCGGCAAUUCUUGUGUUUGAAAAGCGAGAGCGAAAAAAGACGAGACGGCAGUUAAAGACUUUAUUGUCAAUAUUUCAUUUCUCUUAGCAUCUCCUACUGUUUCGGAGUCCCGGGUCUGCUUUUCCCCAAAUGAAUGCGACGACAAGUCAAUUAGCUUGACCAUUAUAAAUUGCGGAAUUCACUGGUACUUUGAUUCAUGGUAAUGAAUUUUGUUAUACAUGUACAUAUAGUAAUUAAAUUAAGUAUGUUACAUAUUAAGUAUAUAUAUAAUAUAGAUAAGUGAAUUACUGUAAAUUCAGUCAAGUGUUUAUAAUCCAUAAAAAGAUUUAAACACGACAUAGGCACAACCAAAGAAAGUCCAUUGAACUGCCGUUGAAAACGAAGUUUCUUUUCUACACGGGGCUUAGGUAAGGCCUGCGUUCUGCCAGUAGUACCUGCCAGUGCGGGUGAAAGUGAGUGAUGAAUGGAAACAUAGUUCGCGCUGCGGCAUUACAACUUAACGGUUUACUGCGUACACGUUACAAAUUACAGUCGGGUAGGUAAUUAGGUUUAUUAUGGCGUCAUCACGAUCGUUUUACCAUUAUUUUAAAGUUAGCAAGUUGCUAGUCAUUUAACUAGCCACAAAUGACUUUUUUUUUCGGCGUUUAAAGCGGAUGAUUAUUUUUCUGUGCAUAUUUUUUCAUUUGUCACAGAAAAGGAAACUCUUAUACCUGCUCAUUCUGAGAAAAUUCGCGUUCGUACGGGACAACGGUAGACAAUUUCGUGGAAUGCUCAACACGUAUGCGUGUAAUGAAUUUGCGUGGCUGCCGCGUUCACAUUUGUCUGAUGCCUAAUGCAUCCGAGAAAUGUGAACGCAACCAUAUUAAAUGUAUGAAACCGAUACCCGUCACAACACAACAGACAGACAAAUGUGAAUGCGGCUUUGUCAUUUGUCAGUAUUUUCUGAUUUGUGGUUGAGGUAGGAGAAAGGUCGGUCAAGAUGGAAGAGCCUCUAAGUCCUCUAACCCAUUAUUGAAAGUUGUUGCAGUUAGGGUAGCAGGUAGGGUUGUGCGUCUAUAAGGGACAGUCGGGGACUGACCUUAAUACUGAUAAAACAUUAAUAUGAUGCUCAAAUGAAAGUAACAACUUCCACAUUUAAUAACGUUCAAAGCAAGCAAUUCAUAGGUACUAUGUAAAAAUAUUCAACAAUAACAAUGAAAUGUUUGUUCGUUUCAUUACUCAUUCAGACAACUGUAUGUUAUGAAUAUUAUGACAGACACCUGUGGGGACGUUGUUACUAUGAAGUACAGUCAAGGUACUAUAUAUAUACUUAUAUGUAUAUGUACACAAUACCUUAAUUAAUGGAUGGGAAUAUAAAGGUCGUGUAGGUAUACAUAGGUAGGCACCUUGUCCGUGUCCAUAUUGAAUACCUUGCCUAUAUACAGUGCAGAGAACGUAUCCCAGAUAGAGUACCUAGUAAUACAUACGAGCAUGUAAUGUGACUAAAUAGUUAUUACCAAUAGGUACUAUAACUAUAAGGUUUAUUCGCAACAUUUCUUUAUCUUUUCCAAUUAUAAAUAGCCCACUUAAUUAAUGUUGUCCAUUAGAUACAUUAACUAAUAAUAUCAAGCAUUGUGGAAUAAAGCGAACCAUUUCUGACGAGAUGUUUCGCCAGGUUAAGUAUUUAUUCUAAGGAAACUCAAAAAUGAGGUACCUAAAAGAAUCGUGGUUUAUGGAAUCGGAAGUUAAAACAUGUAAAAAUCAGAAUGGAAAUGAUAAGAGUACGACACAUUCUUUUUGUAAAGAAUUAUUACUAAACGUAAAAUAUAUAUAGGUAUAUAUGCAUAAUUUGACGACCGGUCUGGCUUAGUGGGUAGUGGCCCUGCCUAUGAAGCGGAAGGUCCUGGGAUCGAAUCCCGGUAAGGGCAUUUAUUUGUGCGAUGAGCACAAAUAUUUGAUCCUGAGUCAUGGGUGUUUUCUAUAUAUUUAAGUAUUAGUAAGUUGUCUGACUACCCACAACACAAGCCUUUUUGAGCUUGCUGCGGGACUUAGUCAAUCUGGGUUAAAUGUCUUAUAAUAUUUAUUUAUUUUAUUUAUUAGGGUUCCGUACCUCAAAAGGAAAAACCGGAACCCUUAUAGGAUCACUCGUGAGUCUGUCUGUCUCUCUGUCCGUCUGUCACAGCCUAUUUUCUCCGAAACUACUGGACCAAUAAGUUGAAAUUUGGUAUACAUAUGUAAGUUUAUAACCCAGCCGGGUUUUUUUUGUAUUAAUUAAAAAUUAAGUUUUUCAAACUAUAUCGUGUUACAUAUCAAAUGAAAGGGCUCAUUGUGAGUCUCAAAUAAAAUAAAAAAUAAUUUUAGGAUAAACAGUUUAGAAGUUAUUCAAGAAAAUAGGCAAAAAAUUACCAUUCCCCUCCCCCCCCCCCCUCCUUAAUUUCCGAAACUACUGGGUCUAAAAUUUUGAAAAAAAAUGCACAAAAUAGAUCUUUACCUAAGAUCACAGGAAAACCUAUUCGAAAUGUGCAGUCAAGAGUGAGUGGGACUUAAUUAUUUAGUUUUUGAUCCGACCCCUACGGGUUUUUUUUAAAGAUAUUUCACUCACGUUUCACAUAAAAAAUACAUUGUUUAAAUUUAUAAUAUUUAUUUAUUUUAUUUAUAAUGUGAAAAUGAAACUUAAUUCCUAAGGCCAAAACGUCUCUCUCACUUUCAACCCGCUUUAUAGAUAAUCAAUAAUCAAUUUUCAGAGCAAAAAUUACCUGAAUAAAUACAAAUGAGCCAUGGGAGGUUUACAAAAUAAGCUGUGAUGUUACUCGACAGUAUUAGGAUAACUAUAGGUAUAAUUAGUAAAGAAGGUAAGUAACUUACCCGGCUACUAGGCUAGGAUAAUUAGAGUAAUUACCUAACGGUAAACGGUAGAGCGUUUUCACAUUGUCCGAUCCAAUAUCGGAUGUCGGAAGGAAGUAAAAUGUAAGAUAUAUUGUGUUUCUCUGUAUUUUUUAUGCAUUUAAUAAAUCAUUAUUACUAAAAAACGAUAAAUAACCCAAAAAAGGCGGACUAAUGCCAAUGGGACUCUCCUGUAGCUGUUUUUUGUCAUAGGCGCCUUCCGAUAAAUUUUUUAUUUUUAUAAUUAAAUUUUAUUUUAUUUUUAUUAAUAGGUAUAUGCACGUUGACUUGUUAAAUUGUAGAUGCAUAGUUUAAACUUAUAUUUAAUUUAAGGCUGUAUAUAUUGUAAAUUUUAUAUUGUAAGGAUUUCAAACACAAUGCUUGUAUUGUUUCUGAAUAAACUAAAUCUAAAUCUAAAUCUAAUCUAAGCCAUGUCGAAACCCCCGUAGCUGUCGGACCGAUAAUAUUUGUUUGUGUGCAUAUGUGUAGGCGUAAUGCUUGUUGUAGUGUGGGUGACCGCUAAAGACGGCGCCCGGGCCGGAUGUAGGAUCCUACGUCCGAUAUCGGAUCGGACAAUGUGAAAACGCUCGUAAGUUAAAUUGUAAGAAUUUUGUGUACAAAAUUUGUUGACAACUUGUUAUAAAUAAAUUUAAGUGAGUUUUAA